AUGUCCAUGGUCCUGAUGGAGUUGGUGCAGGACCUCACUCUUAAGCAACUCAGGCAGCACCAACUGGAGGACCUCCUCUCUUCCAUCCGGCCAUUGGAUACAGUGGUAGAGUACACCUACCUCCACCAUAUGAUCCCAUUGCUGAAGCAAUCCCAGAACUCCCUUGGAGAGUCAGCUCCAUUCCUUUGCACUUGGGCCACUUUCCUCCUUCCAGUAUUGCAGGACGGCACCUAUGGCAGGAUCAGCCUCCUGCAAGGAAUGAUCAUCAUGGUGUCAAGUCACAACUGCUCUUUGGAACUCCCUGCUGACAGAGGUGAUUGGGGCUGCCUUCUAGAGCUUAACUGUGGUAACCUGACCUCUGGUGUCAAUGGCAGCAGCAUUGAAAUGGUAGAUGCUUGUCUAACUGAGGAAGAAUAUCUGGAGAAAUAUCUGGGGCCUCGUCGCUCCUCAGUGUUCCUCCCUGUCUGCCUCACCUACCUCCUCAUCUUCUUGGUGGGCGCCAUGGGGAAUGUUCUGACAUGCACCGUCAUUUCGCGGAACAAAGUAAUGUGGACCCCGACCAACUACUAUUUGUUCAGCCUGGCAGUGUCAGACCUGCUGGUAUUGUUGCUGGGAAUGCCCCUGGAGCUGUAUGAGAUGUGGCAGAACUACCCCUUCCUCCUUGGAAAGGGUGGCUGCUAUUUCAAAACCUUCUUGUUCGAGACAGUGUGCUUCGCUUCCAUCCUCAAUGUGACAGCACUGAGUGUGGAGCGUUACAUCGCUGUGGUGCACCCGCUGCGUGCCAAGUACGUGGUGACCCGCACCCAUGCCAAGCGUGUCAUCCUGACUGUCUGGGGUCUAUCAGUGCUGUGUGCUGUGCCCAACACAAGUCUACAUGGCAUUUCCACCCUGCCCAGUCGCACUUUUGGCCUUGGUGGUAAUGGAAACCCAGAUGCAGGUGGUAAUGGAAACCCAGAUGCAGGGAUUCCUGAUUCUGCCAUCUGUAUGCUGGUGAAACCACGUUGGAUAUACAAUCUGACGAUCCAGGUGACCACAUUGCUGUUUUUUGUUUUGCCCAUGCUCACCAUCAGCAUUCUCUACAUGCUCAUUGGCCUGCAGCUGAAACGAGAGAAGAUGCUGCAAGCGAUUGAGGCCAAGUCAGGCUUUGAACAAGGCAGCUUCUGUAACCUCCGUACACAGCAGCAGAAAGCCCGGCGCCGGCAGGUCACCAAGAUGUUAUUUGUUUUGGUCGUGGUCUUUGGGAUCUGCUGGGCCCCGUUUCACACCGACCGCCUCAUGUGGAGCUUCAUCAGUGACUGGACUGAAGAACACUUGGAGACCUUUCAGUACGUUCACAUCAUCUCCGGGGUCUUCUUCUACCUCAGCUCGGCCGUCAACCCCAUCUUGUACAACCUCAUGUCCACCCGCUUCCGGGAGAUGUUCAAGGAUGUCAUGUGUCAUCGGCCGCGUCGCCCGGCCCCCAGGAAGCAUUCGCUCAGCGUGACCCGGGUGACUCUCCGCAGCACACUCAGCGACACGCUACCCAGCAACAGUGCUGCUGCCGGCGAAGGAGAAGUGAAAGGCGGCAGCCUCAUCAGAGAAAAAGAAGACAAGACCACUUUUGCGUGUCAGUAA